UAUGAGUGUAGUAGAAUUACAGUUAGUGGGAAGGUUUACAUAUUUCUGGUGUACAAACGAUUUUUUGUAAUUCUGUAAUACAUUUGAGUGAGUGAAUAAGGAGUACAGUAUUCGCUGGGAAGCAGCGGCGUGGUAGGUGGUGGCGAGGCAGAUACACCGCCAGCAGUCGUACGACACUCAGCGUUAACUUUUCAGAUUAUCAUCUUGAGCCAAUCUGAUACUCUCUUCAUCGCCAUGGCAAGUUUAAAAACGAUAAUCAGAGGAGGUCAAAUGUGUCUGAAGAGGUGUUACGCAACUGGCUCACAGUUAGUUGAAGUAACACGAGACAGUGACACAGGAAUCGAUAUUAUAUCUAUGGCAAGGGCACCAGUUAACAGUUUAAAUACAGAGCUACUAAACUCACUGAAAGCAUCUCUAUUGGAAGCGAAGAACUCACGUAGCAAAGGUGUCAUAUUGACGUCGUCCUUGCCAACUAUAUUUUCAGCGGGAAUAGAUCUCAUGGAGAUGUAUAACGCUGAUAAAAAUAAACUCGCUACCUAUUGGCAGGCGUUGCAAGAUGCUUGGCUGACCCUAUAUACUAUGGAGGUUCCAACAGUUGCUGCAAUCAAUGGUGCCAGUCCUGCCGGAGGUUGUCUGCUUGCAAUAUCUACUGAGUACAGAGUUUUCGUUCAAGGCAAACAUUCUAUUGGACUGAACGAAACGCAAUUAGGUCUCGUCGCCCCGAAAUGGUUCAGAGAUCUGUAUAUCUCGUUGUUGGGCUACCGAAAAGCCGAGCUUGCGCUAUUAAAAGGGUCACAAUUUAAAGUCGAGAAGGCAUUGGAAAUCGGUCUCGUGGACGAACUAGCUAAAGACAAAGCGGACGCUAUUGAAAAGAGCAAAGAUUACAUAUUAUCUUUUGAGAAUAUACCAAAACUUGGCAGGACUCAGACCAAGUUAGCUAUGCGAGAGAACCUAAUCGAGUGGUUUAAAAAAAAUAAAGAGGCUGAUACUGAAGUCUUCGUAAAUCUGAUACAAUUGCCAGAGAUACAGAAUGGCCUUAAACGUUACAUCGAGUUUUUAAAACAGAAGCAACAAUAAUUACUUCGGUGAGGGAAGAUAUUCAGAUUUUAUAUUCUUAUAUUAGAUUUUGUAUUCUUGAAUAGUGCCUUUGUAUGCAGAUUUUCAUGGUUUUACAUAAAUAUAUAUUUUGACUUUGUUACUUGAAACUUA